AUGUCAUAUCGUGGGCCAAAUCAGUUUCAGAAUCAAUUUGGAGCACCUCACCAACAAUAUCCAUCAAAUAUUCCUCCACAACCACAUGCACAUAUUGGACCAAUUUCCACUUCCAAAUCUCCCUUGGAGCAGUUUGAGCAAUUCAGUAAGAAAGUUGAAGACGGUAUUGACGACUAUUUCAAGCCUUUAAAACCAUAUGUUCCAGCCAUUGGAAGAGCCUUUUUGGUAGCUACUUUUUAUGAAGACACCAUAAGAAUCUUUAGUCAAUGGAGUGAACAGGUGUACUAUUUGCACAACUAUAGACGUUAUUGGAGAUGGUUGACUGUUGCGUUUUUGGUGAAUAACAUGUUGAUCAUGUCGAUAGCAUCUACCUUGGUCAUUAUUAGAAAAAAGAACAAUAUUGCUACAGUUGCAUUGAUAUUUGUUGUUAUUAUUCAAGGCGUUGCUUAUGGCUUAUUGUUUGAUCCUCAAUUCAUAUUGAGGAACUUGUCUGUUGUUGGAGGCCUAGUUUUGGCUUUUUCCGAUACUAUCGUGAGGGAUAAGAGAUCUUUGAACAUGCCCGGUUUACCAAUGUUAAACAACCAAGAUAAUAAAAAGUAUUUCUUAUUGGCCGGUAGGAUAUUGUUGGUUUUGUUAUUCUUGGGUUUCGUCUUUUCUUCAAAGUGGUCAAUUGGUAGAGUAGUGAUCAUAUUGAUGGGAUUAGUAUCCUGCACAUCAAUAAUUGUGGGCUAUAAGACGAAAUUUGCUGCUGCUAUGAUAUUAUUGAUGUUAUUCUUUUAUAACAUCUUUACAAACCAGUUUUGGGCAUACGAAUCAAGAGAUGCAAGAAGAGAUUUCUUGAGAUACGAAUUCUUCCAAGUGUUGUCAAUAGUUGGAGGCUUGUUAUUGGUUGUUAACGCUGGAGCUGGAGAGUUCUCCAUUGACGAAAAGAAGAAAAUCUAUUAA